AUGAGCUGCAGCAUUCCAGGCUGGUCGUGUGAGGAGAAGUACAACAUGAGCCUCUUCUUUCUUCACUUCUGGGGAGCCUUCAGUGUGGACCUGCUCGUCAUCUUUCUAGUCGGGCGGAUGCACACGAGGAGAGGCGUGGAUCAGCUCUCCCUCAUCCUCCCGUGCCUCCUCGGCUCCAUAUACCCGUCGGCGGUUGACGAGCUUCGGUUUGCGCGGGUGUCCUUGUCCUUGUUCGAGAUGUACUGCCGCUGGUCCAUCGCCACCUGGCUGUUUGCGAGCGUCGAGCUACUUCUGGUAGCUGCCGCACUCUUUGCUCAUUUCAUCCAUGCUCGUAGGACAGGCAGGCUGUCGACCCUCCUCAGCGACGCUAUCCUUGGCUUCCUCCUCUUUCUCUUCCCUCAGAUCGCUGACCCCGCCUUUCAUCUGCAUCACUGGUUCGUCGCCUGGCUGGUGGCGAUGCUGGCCAGGUUCGAGCCGUACUGGUCGAGAGGCACGCAGAUGUUCUUCGUCGGGUAUUACAUCAACGGGAUAGCCGUCUACGGCAGAGACCCUCUCCUUGCGUGUGCUAACGUUGCCUUCCUCAACACCAAGAUGGGAUGCGGGAUAGGAGAGAUGAACAAUGCGACCAACAACUCUCACCCUCACGUCUACGUCCCUCCCAACCUCUGGAACUGUACCGGAGACUACGCGAGGUAG